GCACGGAGUACACCUUCCGAAAUGAAAGGUCCGAAGAAACGUGACCUCCCGCAUACUUGUUGUUUAGAACAACCUCAGGUACCUCCAUUUUUUUUUUCCUCUUUGAGGGAGGUUGAUAAUUAGGACGCUCGCUCUUUGAAUUCUCCCACAUAAGGAAAAUCCUUUACCUUGGGUUGCUUCAUCUCAAAAACAGCUCUCAGAUCCGUCAUUUUCUCAUCAAAAUACCUGAACUCGACACCAUUCUUUCCAAGGUUUCUAAUUGAGCUGCUUGCCAUGGUGCUGGAGACUGUUAUUCUGAGCGGACUUUUGUGAUCUUUAAGACCACAAAAUCACAAACACCCGGUGGAUUUGUGUCGUUUUAUUUUCGGGUGAAAGAAAUACUGGGAUGCGGAGGACGUCUCCAUUGCUUGCCUCCUCACCCGUCUCUUCUUCAGCGAGAGAUGUCGCUGCCUUUCGAACUGAGCGCCGCGUCAUCCUUCCACCAUCUCCUAGAAGGAAUGCUGCAUCAUCCUCUCGUGAAACCACCCCCAAUAAAAACAUCCGGGGUGGAAACCCGCAGUUGGAAAGCCUGAUGAUCGAACGAUGUCGAUCGGAGGCUCUUACAAUCGAAGAUGCGAUCGAUUUGUUUGACACUGCAGCGAGUGCGAGCCCGAAACCCUCCAUCUUCGCCAUCAACGUCCUCCUCAACGCCAUCCGUCGAAUGAAGCAUUACCCCACUGUUCUCUCUCUAUAUAACAAACUAAAUCAAUUGCAAGGAAUCCCGCCCGACAUCCACACAUAUGGAGUCCUUAUCAACUGCUGCUGUCGCAUGACUUGGGUGGAUUUGGGCUUCGGUGUCUUUGGGGACCUCCUGAAACGCGGCCAUGUCCCCAACGCCAGAAUCUUCAACUCUCUUGUUGAUGGUCUCUGCUCCGAGAAGAGGGUAAGCGAAGCAGCCACGAUGUUCGAUAAAAUGUCUCUGAUGGGAUGUCAACCUGAUGUGUUCUCAUACAGUGCUCUCAUCAAGGGGCUGUGCAGCGCUGGUAGAAUGGGCUUGGCACUGGAGCUGCAUCAGAAAAUGGCCACCUUGGGAGGUUGUUGCAAGCCCGAUGUGGUUACAUAUGACAUAAUUAUCGAUUACCUUUGCAAAGAAGGAGCUGUGGACAAGGCUCUCAAACUGAUCGAUGAAAUGACUCAUGCUGGUGUUGCCCCGGAUGUUCACAUUUACAACCGCAUUAUUCAUGGGCAUUCGACUUUAGGCUGCUGGAAAGAGGCAAUCAAUAUUUUCAAGGAAAUGGUCGAUCGAGGCCUUUCGCCGAAUGUGGUGACAUUCAGCGUGCUGAUGGAUUCACUUUGCAAGCAUAAAAAGACUGCAGAAGCUCAUAAACUACUUGAUUUGAUGCAUGAAAGAGGUGAAAAACCUAAUGUAAUCUCGUAUACUACAUUGGUGCAAGGAUAUUGUCAGGAGAGACGUCUCAUAGAUGCAAGGAAAGUCUUUGAUUCCAUGUUAGAUAAAGGUCUUUCUCCUGAUGGUCAUGCAUACUCCAUCUUGAUUAAUGGAUUCGUCAAGAAUCGAAGAAUGGAUGAGGCUGUGAAGCUAUUCAAGCAGAUGCAACAACAAGGAGUGAAGCCCAGUGUGGUUACCUAUAAUUCUUUACUAGAUGGACUAUGCGACCUUGGAAGAGUGGAGGAUGUUAGAGGCCUUCUUGAUGAGAUGAUGGGUCAUGGCAUACAUCCAGAUGUCAUCACCUAUAAUUCUAUAAUAUGUGGGUUUUGUAGAUUGGGGAAGUGGAAAGAAGCUUUGCAUUUUCUUAAUGAGAUGAUGGAGCGGGGAAUUGAUCCUAACAUUGUGACACUCAAUUCAUUAAUCGAUGUCUUGUGUAAAGAAGGAAAGGUUCAAGAGGUACAUAGAUUAUUGGAAACAAUGAUUAGUGGGGGCAUGGAGCCUGAUGUUGUUAAUUAUAAUACGCUAAUCGAUGGUUAUUUUUUGGUAGGGCGAAUGAAUGAUGCAGUGAGAGUUUAUGAUUCAAUGGUUUCAAAAGGCCCUAAGCCCAAUGCUGUGACAUACAAUAUAUUAAUUGAUGGAUAUUGCAAAAGAUGGAGGAUUGAUAAGGCUCUAAGUCUCUUUAAUGCAAUGCCUCAUAAUGGCGUGCAGCAUACAACAGCUGUAUACAGCACCAUAUUAGCUGGAAUGUAUCGUGUCGGUAUGGUUACUGAUGCUGAAAAAUUCUUUGACAAGAUGCUGGCUGCUGGUGUAUGUCCAAACCUUUACACAUACAACAUAAUCUUGCAUGGGCUUUGCAAAAACCAGUGUGUUGAUAAAGCUAUGAAGCUACUUCAAGAUGCAUUAUCAUCUGAUGUUAGCCUCAACAUUAUCUCUUUCAACACCAUAAUUGGUGGUUUGUUUAAAUCUGGUAAGAUUAAUGAAGCCAAAAAUCUCUUCAGUACAAUCCUUACCAAAGAUUUGAAGCCGACUGUUGUUACAUAUAGAAUAAUGGUGAAAGGACUAAUAAAGGAAGGGUUGUUUGAUGAGGCUGAUUAUUUGCUCUUGCACAUGGAGAACAGUGGUUAUCCUGCAGAUUCUGUAAUCUUCAAUGCCAUGGUUCGUGGUUUGCUGGAGAAAGAUAAGAUAGAAAAGGCAACGGAAAUUAUUAGAAAAAUGAAUGAGAAAAGCUUCUCUUUUGAGGCAUCAACUGCUUCUCAGAUAUUCGAGGUGUUAUCAAAGAAUGGACAAUAUCAUGAUUAUCUGAAGUUGUUUCCAGAUCUUUCCGAGCACUGUGCAAAGUGAAUGAAGUCACCAUGAAUUGUUAAUAUGAGUUUGCUAAUAAUUGUGUAACAAAUGGAUAUUUCAACUACAUUGGCUUUUCUGUGAGAUCUGAUUCUAUCGCAUGUGUCGACAGACUAUUAAAUAAAAUUUAACCUCGACUGCCAGAUCCAGCCGUUUUAGGAACUAUGAUUCCAGAAACAGAUUUUGUAUGUCCAUGGACCUACUCCAAUGGUGUUGUCAGGGAACUGGAGGCAUUAUGGUUAUGGGAAGGGCUGUGCCGAAUGAUUGUCUUCUGCCUUGGACAUCGACAUUGCGAUGGCCACCAUAGAGUUCUAUAUGUUCUUUGAAGAUAACGGUAGAAUUGUCGUGAAUCUGAAGGGUGAAAUGCAGAAGUCUGCUAUCACUGAACUUAUUGGAAGGAUUGUGCUGAUAAUUGGUAUGGAUUGCAGCUCACAUUUGCAUCCAGUGUGACAAGCAAUGAGAAUCCAAAUUCAUGCAGACAUUCUAGAUUGCGAGUUUGGUAUAACAGGCACCUUCAGUUGUAGUGAUGACAUAGGCCACUGGUUGUGAUCAGUUAAGGUUUGGCCUUAUUUAUACUUAUUAUCUUGGUUCAGUUUCAGCUGUUGAUGGUUGUUCAGACUAUUCCUGUUUAUGCUUUUACUAUUCAUCUCCUUUACCAUGGUGCAAUACUGUUUAUUUCCUUUACUGUACUGUGCUGUGCUGUAGUAUUGUUUACUUCCUUUACUAUAAAGUAUUGUUUACUUCCUUUACUAUAAACUACAAAUUAUGGUUUCAUCUUGUCUGCCACUGUCACUUACUAUAUAUGCUAAAAUGUGAUGAUAACCUUAGCAUUUUAUUGACAAUGAUAGUUUUCCUGCUAUGUGUUCACCAACUUUCCAAGUUUGCUAACUAGGGAAUCUUGAGUUGAGACCUUAUGUAAAAUGAUAAUGCUGCUAAAUUUUUCCUGAUUGAACAAUUUUGAUGCUUAUCUGUAACAAAAGUUGUUAAUAUAGCAUUAUUUCUUAGCCUAUUAUAAAUGGCUUUAUGUAGGAAAGAUUGUUCCAUGAGGCUAAUAUUUACUUUUGCUCUCUUGUAUAAUACUAUUAUUUGUAGGUUGCUGGAAAAAUGAGAUAUGGCCACAUAUAUUGUUCAAAAAAAAAAUGGAGCAAAGAUUUUCUCUCAAAGAUGUUUGGCAGGGAACAAUUUGAAGAUGCCAUGAAAUCUUCUGCAGUGACUACCUGUCAAUGGAAAGUCUUGCAAAACCGGCUGCCUUGUUAAACAUCACCUUAUUGGACACAUUAUUGGGAUUGCCAGGGGGGGAAGUCCUGAUCUAGAGGAGGUCAUGGCUGUUAUUGUCAACUUGCAAUUAUGAUGGGAUCUACAUGUACUUUGAAGGCAUGCCUGCAAAGAGGUAGUGGAGUGUUGCUAAACUUAUCACGAAGAAAAAUCAGAAGCUUUGGCAAAGAAUUGCUACUCACAAUUGUAUCCAGAGCAACUAAUUAAUGGCAAUCGUGAUCCAGAUUCACUGCA